GUGUAUUCUGUACAUACCAAGCCAAGCCUCACAAUGCUGCAUUUACUAAAACAAGUGGCUUAGCCAUUUGCAGUGAUGUCGCUGUUCCCAGACCUCCCUCUCGGUGGUGGAGUCGCUCAGUGAGGCAGUGCAGCACUCAGACGGCUCUGAUGGUAGAGCGGGGCAGGUGGACUGAGUGAGAGGAGAAACCAACAUCACCUGUUUGGGAAAUCUAGAACAACGGAGGACGAAAAAAGAAGGAGGAGCAGAGUCUUUGGAGAGCUGAGGUCUCGCUGUGUCUACCCACCCACUCACCCACCCCACCCUAGUCUCUCUCAUAUGCACAGACACACUCUCCCCUUGCCUCUCCCUUCUUCCCUCCUUGUUUGUCUCCUCCACUCUCCGAUGCUGGUGUGAACAGCAGGACACUCUCGGCUGAGCUGCAUGGAGGCACAGGGAGGGGCCGGGAGCCCAGAGCCCAAUAAAGACAUCCAGAAGCUGCUGAAGCCCUCCAGCUCAGGUGACCUAUCCAGGGAGUGUUUUCACCACCCAGCAGGGGAGGAGGAGGAGGGCGGCCUGUCAGGGCAUACUGCUAGCCUGCUGCACAUCACAGAGAAGAGACAACCACUGAGUAGUGUGUCAUCUUUGGAGGUGCACUUUGACCUCCUGGAUCUGACUGAGCUGACUGACAUGUCUGACCAGGAACUGGCUGAAGUCUUUGCUGACUCUGAUGAGGAGAACCACGAGUCACCAGAAGGUUCCCACCAGCCUGUGCUGCCCAGAGGUGGAUACAUGCGCUCCCCCUCGUGGACACGCUGCAGAAAAGUUGAGCCCCCACGUGAAAGAAAGCACCACAGCGACUCGGACACUGCAGAGCCCUUAAUGAAGCUGGAGAGGCCAAAGCAGCCGUGAUUCUGAUGUGAAAGAGCCCGAACGCAGAGAGAAAAAACCCAGAGCCAGAGCGGGAACACAAAGCGGACCAAAAGGCCCCCAUCUGCCAUUGCGCACUCACAUAACGUUUCAUGGUGCUGAGUAAACAAGUUCAGGUUGAGCUCUGGACAACGUGCUAUAUACUCUUACUAAAGAUGUUGAGAUGUGCAAUACACACAUUCUCUCCUCCUCUCUCCCUCUCUUUCUCUCUCUCUCUCUGACACACACGUGUACAUGAAAGGGGUUCUUAAUGCACUCUGGACUGCCAGAUGAUUUUAAGCUUUGUUUUUGAAUGACAGACAGGGUAUGAGGUCAGCAGAAUAACAGCACCUCCAUCCUUACAGCCUCUCAGGAUGGGUAAUGUCCUGAAUGGUGAGAUUGGUUCCUAAAUUGUGUCGGCCAGACCUUCCAUGUGAAGUUUAGACACUGGGAUUCACAUUGAAUUGCCAGGAUAUGAUUGGAAACUUAAAUCAAUAAAGCUGUUCAAAAUAAAAUAUCUUGUGAGGCUAUUACUUAAUGUGUUGACUUGAAAAUGUGACAGGGUUUUUUUGUUGCCUGCAAUAAAGGUAACUUGAUCAGUGGAAGUGGAUGUCAGUGAGGCCACGCUCUUUAUAUCCACCACACUUUCUCCAUUUUAAUGAAAUAUGUGUGUUGUUAUUAAAAUUGCCUAAAUGAAAUGUUUUGCACUUCUCUCACUGAAUUGUAUUGACCGUGCCCUCCAGAAUUAUUGGCAUUUGGUGCAAAUGACACAAAAGAUAAACAGACCAAGUAGCAAACUAUAUGCAAAAUACUUUUCCAUAAUCAAGUACUUUCUUUUCAAAAUUUGUUUAGAGAAAUGUUUUCUAGUUUCUUUAUCAUUUAAAAAAAGAUUGCUGACAGAAUUGCUGCUGCUUAGGUAAUUAGAGUCGGUAGAUGCAUUAACUUGAUGGGUGAUAAUUAAGGGAGAAUUGUAUCAUUGUCAGGCAGACUUCCAUGAGCUUUGCAUGAAUGCCAAAAACACAACAAAGUGCCAACAAUUUUGUAAUCAUCUUUUAAAAGAAGAAUUAAACUCAUGAUGCAAUA